CAUGUGGUACUCUGAUGGCGUUGGCGUUUCUACAGUGGAUCUUCAGGCUGUUGAUGGCCCUAAUCGUCUUUCAGGGUGUGUGUGUGAUGUUUUAUUUUACACCCAACACACACUCGUCCAGAGAUGGGAUGACGGAGGCUCUUCGGCAGAUGCACUGCGCAAAACUCAGACGCAAGUUUUCCAUUAUCAAACCGGCCAAAAGUAUUAAAAUGGAGAGUUUCACACGGGAGCUAUCAGAUUUCAUGAGCUGCCCGUACAAAUCCAACACAACUGAGCGGGAGGUCAACAGAUUGAGCCUACAGAUUUUCUGUAACGCCACAGGAUCGUUAUUCCUCACCAAACGAAACACAGCCGUCAAUCAGUCCAUCCCAUAUGAGACAAGCACAACAGAUACAUACACAAUGAACGAAACCCUCCACAGCAUGAUGCCUGAGGAUUUCCCCUGGAGUGGUCGUCGUCUGGGUCGGUGUGCUGUAGUUGGCAGUGGUGGGAUCCUGAAGAACAGCAGCUGUGGACGUGAGAUUGACAGCGCAGACUUCGUCAUACGGUUUAAUUUGGCGAUGAUUAAUGACAGUGAUGUUGGGCUGAAGACGGAUCUGAUAACCAUCAACCCCAGUCAGAUUCAGAAAGAAUACAAAAACCUGGAGGAGAAUACAGAUCCUCUGGUGGAGCGGGUCAGUGUGUACGGAAACACCUUCUUCAUUAUGCCUGCCUUUGCCUACAAAUUCUGCACUGAACUGUCAAUCAGAGCUCUUAAUGUCCUUCAUGCAAUCAGACCACAGAAGCCAAUGGCGUUCUUCAGCCCUUAUUACCUGCAGACACUGGACGGUUUCUGGAAGAGGCGGGGCCUGAAUCCACGCCGCCUUUCCACUGGGUUUAUGUUAAUCAGCACGGCGCUGGAACUAUGUGAAGACGUGCACGUGUACGGAUUCUGGCCAUUUUACACCGACCUGCAGGACAAUCCCGUUCCGUACCACUAUUACAACCUGAACAGACCUAGCAAGCGCAUGCACAAAAUGCCGGAGGAGUUUGUGCGGCUUCUGAAGCUCCACAGCCAGGGGGCGCUGACACUGCACCUGCAGCCCUGCUCCUCAGACACACACUAGCCACUUUUCCACUGGUGGGUCAGUGCGAGCCAGGGCUUAAAACGGGCCGGGCAGGGCUAAUAGUCUCGGGUCAGUAGCAGAGAGGCCAAAAUAGUGCUGCGUUUCCACAGUCAGGCCUGAAGCUCCGCUGCGCGUCACUAACAGCGUCCCUUUACACACCUCUCAUGCAACCCCAUCAUUUCACCAACAAAGAGAAGUUAUCAGAAAACAAAUAGGAAAUAAAUCACUGGAACAUACGCGAUCACGAAACGAACACGAUAACAGCUGUCUUUUGUUUGCAUGCUUUUUUAAAUAUUUCAGUUCAAAAGCAUCAAUAUUAUACCAUAAGUGAUACAUUGAGCAUAAUGAAUUAAUUCAUCAGGCUUGAAAAUUUGACAUAGAAAUAAAUGUAUUUCUACUUUAUUUAUUUAUUUAUUUUUAAUGCUGAAGCAUUAUGAAAAUAGCCUGCUUAUUCAGUCGAGUCUGUUUCUGUUUAUUUGUAGUCAAAGUAGUCUAUAUACAUCACAUUUAAAUGAAUGAUAAUUUCUCUGUUUUCAUAAAAGCUCCCGAACAAAAGCUAAACUCUUGAGACGAGACUUAUGACAGAUAAACGGUUACUAAAUGAAUAUACGACAUUUACCAUGUUUACUGUGGAAACGUUAAUGCCUAGCAUGCAUAGUCUUUUUCAUCGCUUAUAAAUAUUUAUGCCUAUUAUGGUGAUUAUAAUCCAAAUCGG